AUGGUUCGUGCUAAAAUGCUCAGGUCCCCAGAUAACCAAUCAUGGCCAGAUGAGAAGAGUUUAUGGGGUCCAGACUCUUGUCGACGUCUAUAUCCUAGUUCUAAAGACGCCGAGGAUGGAGCGACUUUCGUCUUGCCCUACGCUUCAACCUCGAUCAUACUCGGUACCUUCGUUGCUGUAUUUUUCGCUAUGUAG